AUGACGGACGCGACGCCUUCUUCUAUCCUCAUCAUCGGCUCCGGUGUCUUCGGCCUGUCGACCGCCUACUCUCUAGCAAAGAACCCAGCGUACAAAAACACCAAGAUCACACUCGUCGACCGGCAAAGCUUCCCCGCAGGCGACUCUUCCAGCGCUAAGACAGAGAUCCGGCUUCUACACAAACAGAUCGACACCUCGCGCAUCAUCCGCCCCGACUAUGCCGACGCCGCCUACUCCGCCUUGGCCUACGUUGCGCAAGACCUCUGGCGUACGACCGAAUGGGGCGCUGACGGGCGAUACACCGAAGCCGGGCUCGCUCUCACCGCGGGACCAAACGGAUGCCCGUAUGUGGACGAAAGCCAUACGAACGUUGUCGCGUUAGAGCCCACAGCUACGAGCGAGCGGUGCACACUGCCAGAGUCGCGUGGCCAUGGACGACCGAAGAUCGAGACACUGCGAAGCGCGGAGGAUGUGCGGCGGUGCGCAGGGACGGGCGGCAUCAACGGGGUGCAGGGCUACGUCAACUGGACAUCGGGUUGGGCGGACGCGGAGGCGUGCAUGCGGUUCGUGUACGGAAAGGUACAGGCGACGCAGCGGGUGCGCUUUGUCAAGGGCACCGUGGCCCGGCUCGACAUCGACUUCAACGGGCCUCAGAAGCGCGUCCGCGGCGCGCUUCUGACCGACGGCCGCGCCCUCUCCGCCGACCUCACCAUCGUCGCUGCCGGCGCGUGGUCGUCGGCACUGCUCGACCUGCGCGGCAUGGUCAAGGCGACCGGCCAGACGCUGGCCUACGUUCCGCUGGCGCCCUCUGAGCAGGCCGCGCUCGGCGCCUCUCCUACAGUGCUCAACCUUAGCACUGGUAUGUUCUGUAUCCCGCCUUCGCAGAACCUCCUCAAGCUUGCCCGCCACGGUCAUGGCUAUGUUAAUCCAAUCACGAUCCCUCACCCCGAAGAACCGCUCUCUGCCACCAACAAUAUCACCGUCUCCCUCCCGCGCACCCACCUCACCACCCCUCCCCUCCCAGCCCAUCUCCCGCGCGAAGCCACGCUCGCCCUGCAGCAGCUCGCGCACGACCUGUACCCUCCGGGCGCCGCGCCGCACGACAAGUCCUUCUCGCCCCUCCCCAUCGCCGCGCGGCCCUUCUCCGCCACCCGCCUGUGCUACUACGCCGACACGCCGUCCGGCGACUUCCUCAUCUCCUACCACCCGGACUACGCCGACCGCUCCCUCUUCGUCGCCACCGGCGGCUCCGGCCACGGUUUCAAGUUCCUACCCGUCAUCGGCGACAAGAUCGUCGACUGCAUCCGCGGCGACUGCCCCGACGCUUUCCGCGAGAAGUGGGCCUGGCCCAAGGAGCGUGUGCUGCCCGAGGACGGCUGGGCUGGCGACGGCAGCAGGGGCGGGCCCAAGGGCAUGGUGUUGGAUGACGAGUACGCGAAGAGCGGCGCGAAGCUGUAA